GAUCACAUUGUUUGCUCAGUCUCGUCAGUCUGUGUGCAUCUGAAGGGAGUUGGAGGGUGAGAAGAGUGAAAGAAAGUGACAGCUUUGUUUCAACCUUUUCUGUUCUUUUGAGAGAUGUCUAGGUACCACAAAGCAGCGAUUGAUGGAUACUUGGACCUGUUGAAGGAGGCCACGAGGAGGGACCUGAACACUGCAGAUGAGGAUGGCAUGACUCCCACCUUACUGGCUGCUUUCCACGGACAUGUCGAUGCUCUUCAGCUCAUAUGCAGCAGAGAAGGAGACCCCAAUAGGAGCGACAUCUGGGGAAACACUCCGCUGCAUCACGCGGCAGCCAACGGCCACAUGCACAUCCUGAGCUUCCUGGUCAACUUCGGAGCCAACCUUUUUGCACUGGACAAUGAUUUCCACACAGCUAUGGAUGUCGCUGCUUCUCGUGACCGCAUGGACUGUGUGCGCUUCCUUGACUCUGCGGCCUCGCAGCAGACCAACCAAAAUCCCAAGAAGGUCGCCAAUCUAAAGAAGGAGGCCGUCAAAGAAGCGGAGAAACGUGUGAAACUCUGUGAGAAGGUAAAGAAGAAACACCAGAGCAAGAUGGAUAAAAUGCAGCGUGGAGGCAGCAUCACUGGGUCUGUUUCAGAGGCCAACAUGGGGUCAGCGUUCUCGAACAGUGGUACCAUGACCGGCGUCAACGAGCAGUUCUCCAAGCUUAUCGCUGCAGAUAAAUCUGGCUCUCUAACCGCCAGGGUGAAAGGCACGCUCCAGAAGAAGCUAGGGAAGAAAGAUAGAGGCACACUGAGUUCAGGAGGGAAUGGGAAUGUUAUAUUCCUCAAACAGGAGAGUGGAGCGUCUGAGAAACCAGAGUUUUUGGAUGUCUUCAGUGAGCAGGAUGAGGGCAUGUUGGAUGAAGAAGAAAUGGGAGGCUUCAAUGAUUAUGACGACAAUGAAGAAACCGGCCAGGUCAAACAGUCCAUCUUCAACCGGCCGGGACUCGGAGGUCUGAUUUUCAUGAAGAAGAUGGGUGGGGGCGAGUCGGAGGACAUGCCGAGCGUGAACAACGAAAGUCUCGGCUACCUCGUUCAGAACGACAUGUUCGAGGAAGACGCUGCUGGCUUUGAUGGGACUGGUGACACUGACCUGCCCUGGGACCAGGAAGAUCUGGGACUGGAUGAUGAGGAAGAUGAGGAAACAUCUCCUUUAGAUGCGUUCUUGUCUGCCAUCUCCUUGCCAGAGUUUGCCCUCGCAUUCAGCAGAGAGCACCUGGACCUAGAGGCGCUAAUGCUCUGCUCUGAUGAAGACCUGAAAGGUAUUCGCAUCCAGCUGGGACCCAGGAAGAAGAUCUUGGAAGCUGUCGCUCGCAGAAAGAACGCACUGGAGACUCCUGGCAUCAUAAAGGACAGCUCCUUGUGAUCUAGAAAACAUGAACAGUGAUUUAUAAUCCAAUUUGAAACUUAAAAAUGAGUCUCCUGAUGAACUAUUUCUCCAACAGCAAUUCCUACAAUCAAAUUUAUACUCUCUGGAGAUGGAAUAGCAUUGUGUAAUCCUCUGUUUAUACAAUAUAAUCCAUGUUAUAACCAAUUACAGCAUAGCAGGAGCGUCAGGACCUACUAUCAACAAUAGCCUAGAAAAGACAAGAACAUUAUAAUUAGUAGAAAAUAAAAAAGAAGCGACGUUGUGGCCAGCGAAUCGAUCUUAAAUCCACAAUAUCAAUGUGUAGACAAAAACAAGAUGUUUUGGUUCAGAACUGGUGAUUGUUUCUCUCCAUGAAUAACAUGAGAUAACAGGCUCAGUGGCUGAUUUGGUUGUGCUGUUGUAUGUUUGUUAUAAUUAUUUGGACUGCUGACAACAUAAUUGUCAAAAUAAAACGUGUCUCUAAUCUCUGA